CCCUCAAACUUACACCUGACUGACAAAGAUGGAGACGAGAGGAGCAGAUUCCCUGGAACCAUGGACGAUGCUCGCCUAGCGAGGCUUCAAGAAGAGGCACGCCUUCUCGGGCAGUGGCUAGCCGAGGCCUCCCAUUCGACAGGCGAGCUGGACAAGAGGUUUAAACCUAGCGGUUUCUUGGGUAGUCGAGGCAAGCGGUUUAUUCCGGGACUCGAAUCUUUGCUCCUCGCCAGAUACUACAAGG